AUGGAAAGUAACGCGAAAAAGGGGCCGAGCCAAACUUUCGUCAAAAGCGUCAACACUGUCAUCAAUAACAGCAUAAAUAUCGUCAAUAAUUACAAGAAUAUCGUCAAUAACAGUAAGACUAUUGUCAAUAGCAGCAACAAUAUCGUAAAUACCAGCAACAACAUCAAAAACAUCCAACGGUACGUUACCGGUAACAGCAGCAUCAACAUCGCCAGCAACAUUACCAACAACAUCACCAAACAACAUCACCAGCAACAUCACCAGCAACAUCACCAAAAACAUCACCAACAACAUCACCAACAACAUCACCAGCAACAUCACCAACAACAUCACCAGAAACAUCACCAACAACAUCACCAGCAUCAGCACCAUAACAACAUCACCAACAACAUCACCAACAACAUCACCAACACCAUCACCUCCAACAUCACCUCCAACAUCACCUCCAACAUCACCUCCAACAUCACCAACAUCAUCACCAACAUCACCAACACCACCCUCAGCAUGAGCUCGUCCAUUAGACGUGUCAGCAGCCAGACGCGCCCUCGCCGCAAUUUCGUCCUCCGUGCAGGACCUCACUCAAUUUCGCAGCGUUUUCCAACCAAUUAUGGGCACUUCCAGCCCGCUCACUGGGUUGUCUACCCACCCCUGGCAUCUAUCGUUGAACCAGCACUGGAUUUAACGUUGUUGUGUUUGAAUUGA